AUGAGGCUCACUCAAGCGGUCACUCUGGCCCUGCCAGCCAUCGUCGCUGCUUACCCCGGCAUGAUGGGCGCCAACUCCCGUGGGGAAAUGGAGGAAUACCUUCGAGCCGAGAUGGCGCGCGAACAACUGGAGAACCGCGCUGCUGAGCCUGAGGGUGGUCUUCUCUCAGGGUUGUUGGACCCGAUUGGAGACCUUGUCGGUGGUCUCUUGACCUCAGUCGGCAAUGCCAUUGUCAAGCAAGACAACAAGCGCCCCGAGCCCGGCUACGAGUUCAAAGCUCCAGGCCCCAACGACUCCCGUGGUCCAUGCCCUGGCUUGAAUCUUCUCGCUAAUUAUGGAUACCUUCCCCGCGAUGGUUACGUCAACUUCGGACAGGUUCUGGCUGCCACCGCCCGAGGCUUCAACAUGGCUACCGAUCUUGCCACGGUCCUUGCGACUUUUGCUGUUUUGGGUUCUGGAGACCUUGAUGGACUUUCGUUCUACCUUGGCGCGGGAAAGAACGGGAUUGGUGGCCUAAACCGUCACUCCGUUGUUGAGGCUGAUGUCUCUCCUAAUCGUGAAGACUACUACAACGGUUGCGGUGACAACCACCAUCUAUCGUCUCGCUUGGUGAAGCAGAUGGUCGGCUUUGCUGCCCAAGACCCCAAGAAGGAGUUCAACAUGAACGUCAUGGCCGAGCACUACGCCCAGUCCGCCAGCUUCAGCAAGAACAACAACCCCUUCCUCUACUAUUUCCCCUUUCCCCAGAUCGUUUCCCUUGGUGCCUUUGCCUUCUACCCUCAGUUUUUCUCCAACGGAACUUAUGGCGCAGGCGGAGUACCAAACUACAAGAGCAUCAUGAGCAUCAUUGGCGCGGAGUACGACGCAAAGACCAAGGAGUUCAAGUACGUUCCUGAGCGCUGGCCUGAGGACUGGUAUCGUCGCGAUACACCCUACGGCGCUGUUCAAACCGUCGUUGACGGCUUUCUCAACAUCUACCCCCGCAACAUCAUUGUGCCUGCAGCCGCGCAAGUUGGCACCCCGAAUCUGAGCGUGCAGGCUUUGCUCUGCGAUGUCUACCAGGGUAUCAACUCCAUCACCCCUCUUAUACUUGGCGGUACCGAGGAGAAUCUGGCCAAGGGCGUUUCUUGGGCUCUUUCCGUUUUGGAUCCCAUCCUCAGCAAGACGGCGCUGGGUUGCCCCGACAGUGUCAUCUCGCCUAACCUAUUGUUCCCCAACUCGCAGCGAGAGGGUGGCCCAAUCAACCCGCCUGUGGUUCCUUCGGAUGCCUGGACUGGCGACAACGUGUACAACAAGGUGUACUUUGGUGGCGAAUCGCUGCCUAUAAAGCCUGAGUGCAGACAUUCAAACUAG